AUGAAGGGCUUCUUUCUAGAGAGAAUAAGCCAGUCGCCUGCCAUCAAGUGCGCAGGAUGCGUUAAAGAAGGCGCGUAUGUAGUGUACGAUGACACUGUUGAAUUUCUGGGAACAGAGAAUGUCCUCAAAUUAAACAGCCAAAUCGAAUGGGCUGUGUCAAAUAGCGAAGAGGUAUUUGUGAUACUGAGCACAGGCAUAUGCACAAUAAAAAACAUGAAAGUAUCGAAUAUAGUGCAAAUGGACCUGGAGAAUGUUGCAGUAAAAGAGGCGUGGCUUAAAAACUCAAAAAUAUUUAUUCUUGUAGAUAACGAAGUGUUGAUCUACAACAUAAAAACACAGAAAAUGCACAGAUACAAUCCGUAUGGGCACCAGAUAGUGGAUAUGUCCGUGGACUAUUCAAAGGACACAGAGUUUAUUCUUCUUUUGUCGUCGCAUGACGGAAGAGUAGUGCGCACCAUCGGAAUAAACAGCACACUUGAAGAAAUAGGCCAAGUGUCUGUGUCUAAGAAAGUGUACAGAAUAUGCAGCACACCGAAUAAGGGGUUUCUAGCAGUGGAAAAAGAGAGACUGCUUUUGUACUCAGACACAGCGCAGCCAACAGGCGCAAACAGCUCAAUGAUCAGCAACGUAAAGAGCAUGUGUUUUGGCGGGCCCUUGGUCAGAGCGAUCUCCAUACUGUCUGAAGACAAGUGUGCUCUGAGUAUGCUAACGGAUGAAAUAUGUAUGCUCAGUUUGAGCGAUUUUGUUGUAACGGGAUACAUCAAUGCCAAUGGAAUAAUCAGCGAGUACAUCGUAAGAAAUGGCGAGUGUGCGUAUGUAUACAACAGAAGAGGAGAGAUGGGGGUGCUAGAAGACGGAAAAAUCCGAAGAAUCCGAAAAGGAAGUAAAAUAAAAAAUAUAAAGGUAUUUGAAGAGUACGGCACUACGCCUGUAUAUGCCCUAAAAGAAGAAGGAAACGGAAAUGCCAUCGCAAAGAUCGAAAGAAGAAGGAAAAAGACAGAGUGCGGAAGAGUGGAGAUAGAAGGUGCUCCAAGACAGAUAAAGAGCAGCGGAUCAACCAUUCUUGUGGAGUACAAAGACAGAAUGGAAAUACUGUUCUACAAAGAAGAUGUAAAGUAUAAAGAAAGCGUGAAAGUAUGGGGAGACAUGGCAGUCUGUGCUGUCUAUGACAAAGGCGUAUACUUCAUGAGCAGAACAGGAGUAAUAGGAAGACACGAAGGAGGCAGUACGUAUGAGCACUGCAUGAGCUGCAGCUACCAUAAGAAGACAGAUAAUGAAAAUGAAGUAUUUAUCACACAUUCUCACAGUAAUCAUGAUAAUAUUGCCAGUAAUGGAAAUAAUAACAGCAACAACAUAGUAGUAUGUGCUGACAUGUACGAGAGCGAGUUAGUGUUCUGUACGGUGGAUGGCGUGUACACUUGGGACUAUCUGGAGAGCAAAGUUAAGUAUUUGGGAAAGUACAUGGCUAUUUCACUGUGCAUUUACAAACACAGGAUUAUAAUAGGAGAAGAGUCUAGCACAACGGUUUUGUUCACUAAGUCAAAUGCAUCCCACACUCUAUCAAUUGCAGGAAGAAGAGUCCUUCCCAUCAAUGAGACGGAGUAUCUAUUGCACAAGUACGACGGCAGCCUUUGGUGUGUCUCCGGUGCCAAUAAGUACAAUGUGCACACAGGAUCUGUUAUCAUAAAAAAUAUUUUAUACGAGAACAACUCGGUGCUGAUCAAUACAACCAACAGCACAAUAGUGGUGCACACGAAUAGAAUGGGAGUAGUGCAGGCUGAAUACAUAGAGAACAUUGGAUCGCAUGGAGUAGCCUGUUUUUCCAUGGAGAACCGCUUAAUUGUAUAUUCUCCCGAUAAAAAUACUCACUAUCUAGUAUUUUAUGCAUUAGCAGAUAGCAAGAACAGCCACGCAAAAGAGAGUGAGUAUGUAAGCACAGACACUCUGUACAAGGAAGACAUCCUGGACUUUGUACCUCUGGACGGGUGUAUGGUUAUUCUCUCAAGCAAAGAUAGAAAAAUUGGAACAGCAGAGGAUGUCUCACUGGAAACUGAACAGAGCAUUUAUGUUAAACUGUACUGCGGUACAGCCCUUCUGGAUGUAGUAUCGUAUGAUAAUGUGUACGGUGUGCAUGCAAUGAGGAUGCAAAGCCGAAUAGUCAUGGGAGUAAAUACAAUGAGUGGGUUUGCCCUAGUUUUGCUGGAAGUAAAAAAUGAUAAAAUAGCAGAAAUAUCGAGAAUAUCAACAGAAUCAGUGAAUAUCUUAUCAAUAAGCAGACAGAAGAGCGCGAUAUACUGCACAACAACAGACGGUCUAAUGAUAUACACGGUAUCUAACUCCAGGAUAAAAAGAGCGCAGAGUGUUGUACAGCCAGUAGAUGCAAAGUAUCAGAUAAGCAGAGGACAUCUGAUAGAAUGCGUGCUUUCACAGAUAAAAAUGUACGGGUUGGAUGCAGAAAGCAAACUGCCAGUCAACAUGGCAUCCGUAUACAUCGACAGAAUGAAAAGCAAUCACAAGUCGCUGGGCCUGUUUAAUAGCGAAUAUUCUCUAUUGGGAUACACGCACGAAGAAGGCGGCUCUGUUUCUGUGCUGCACACAUCUGACAACCACUGCAGAAAACUUCUAUCUGUAUCGCUGCCGUCGGGAGUGGUGAAAAUAGAAAGAGUAUCGCUAUCUUUGAUAGAAAGAUCAGAUACGCUAUUCAUCCUUACAGAGACUGGGGAUAUAUACAGGGCAGCAAUAGUCACUGAUGAAGUGAUCAGCGCACUUUCACUGAAUAUAGCACAGAAUAACAUGGUUCUGUUUACAUCGGAGACAUUUGUGUCUGUUGAGUCAUUCAGUGAUAGAAAAGCAUCAGUCCAUGCGUCGGAGGAGGUGGUGAAUGCGCUGUCUGAGCUGCUAUAG